UUUUCCUUCAAACCGCGUCCAUAAACAGGAAAGACAAGAUUUCUCAUUUAAUCCAAACAAAUCUCUGUCUGUCUUCAGCAAUAUCAUGAAUCCAAUUAAAUAGAAUAUCCAUAAACACUUGUCACUGGUUUGAGUGGGGUACCAACUCCAUGAAAACUCACCUUGAAGAAGAACAUGCUGCGAAGCAUCCAUCCCUACCAACAUCAGUAGCUCUAUCUCCACCUUUCAAUGAUCAUCAAUGGACCACUAUCCAUUCACUUCUAUCUCUCUCUCUCUCUAUAUAUACCCCAUAACUGGAUCACAAUACCUCUUACCACACCAACCUCUGAAAGAAAUCUCAAAUCUCUAGUAGUAAUUCCAAUUCAUUCAUCAUGGAACCAAACAAUACUAAUUUUAGUACUGGUGCUGGAGCUUCCGCCUCAAGUUACAGGGGAGUUCGGAAGAGGAAAUGGGGCAAGUGGGUUUCCGAAAUACGCGAACCGGGUACCAAGACCCGAAUUUGGCUAGGAUCCUUCGAGACGCCGGAGAUGGCGGCGGCAGCCUAUGACGUGGCGGCAUUUCAUUUCAGGGGACACCAAGCGCGCCUUAACUUCCCAGAAUUGGUGACCAAUAGGGCUCUUCCUACGCCUGCCAGCUCAUCCGCGGAGGAUAUUCGGACGGCGGCACAAGAAGGUGCAUUGAGGCUUAGAACCACAGCGUCCGCCACCGCUGUGGGUGGUUCUGAAGGUGCGGUUGCGCCUAUGACGGUUAGGCUGUCCCCGAGCCAAAUUCAGGCGAUUAAUGAAUCACCAUUGGACUCGCCUACAAUGUGGAUGGGAAUGGCAGAGGAGUCUAUGGUGUUCUCUAACGGUUAUGGCUUUGAUGAGAAUGAAUGGGUUGAUAUGGAAAAUCAAACUGACUCUCUUUGGGAUCCUUAAUUUUAAUUAGGUAAUAUAGUACUAAUUAAUUUACGAAACUUUAUAGCAUAUAUUGAUGUGCAUAUUUAUUUAUAUUUAAAAUAUAAUAUUGACCUAUUGAGGAUUUCUUAAUCAGUAAUUUUAAGAUUAAAAUAUUCUGGUUUUUGAUAAAAGUUUAAAAUCCUAAAGGAUAUUUGUGUCAGAUUGAAAUAGGCUAAAAAUUUGUUUUCUAUUUUUUAUCGAGUUUUUUUUUUUUUUUAACACUUAUGAUAGGAAUUUGAGUUAUCUCAUCUACUUAUUGUACGCACAAUACUUCAUGCGCAUCACGUUAGACAUAUGGAACCCACGAAUUCCUAUACAUUUAACUCAACAGCUCGGAAAACUGAGAAACCAAUUGUUAAAAUUUGAAUCCUUUUUGCUUUUUUUAAUGGGCAUCUCACUGUUAUGCCCAAAGUGUGUGUAAUUGUUUGGCUUAUUAUAUUUAUUUGUGGCAGUAUACAAUAUUGAGUUA